GUUUUUUUUUUUUGUUCACCCUACUCUCUCUUUUUUUUUAAAUAUACAUCGUUUUCUUUAUUCUUCUUCUUAAAUUAUUCAAAAUGGCUUCUGGUUUUGGUUAUGAUGGUGGUCGUGGACGAUGCUUCCAAUUUUGGCAAGAAUUCAACAAGUGUUAUGCUUCUGCUGAUUUCCCUCAACAAUGUCUUGCUCAACGUGACGAUUAUCUUGAAUGCCUUCAUCAUACCAAAGAAUUCGCUCGAGUAACACGUAUCAAAACCGAAGAAUUGAAACAAGCUCAUCAAAAACAACAAGCUGCAGAAAAGGCCAAGAAGGAAGCUGCUGCUGCUGCUCAAAGUAGUCUACCUCGCUUGAAUAUCAUUGACGAACCUGAACAACAACCUCAGCCAACCAAAGCAUAGAUUUGAUACUUUAUGAUUCACCUUUAUCCCACCAAUAUCUCUCUCUCUCUCUUUCUAUUCAUCCUUUACAAGAUAUAGACACCCUUUUUUAUAUUUAUAAAAUAAAAACUCAACAUCAUCAUUCAAACUUGUA